AUGAAUUGCUUCUCAGUGCUACCAACCCAUCUCAUUUAAGCUUGUAACAUUGCCACAAUUUUUAGAACUAGAACUUAAAACCUCAAUAAAAGAGCACCCAAAAUUGGAAGUCCUAGUCUAUCUCAUGCAAUCGUCCUAUAUAACAUGGUGGAGAGUGUUAUACAACACUAGCUUGUUGAAUCCCAGGUAAAGGUAUACACAUCCCAUAUCCAAAACAAACCCCUUUAAUUUCAACCAAGCUAGUCUCAUAUCCACAUUCAAAAAGGGUUCAUUUCAAUGGUUCCCACUUCAAAUUUUGUUCAUGUGGUGGUUCUUGGUUUAGUUUUAGCACUACUUGUUAUUGUCCCUAGAGCUGAAGGCAGGCCAAGAGCAUUCUUUGUAUUUGGAGAUUCUCUUGUUGAUAAUGGAAACAACAACUAUUUGCAAACCAUAGCUCGUGCUAAUGCCCCUCCUUAUGGAAUUGACUAUCCAACUCAUAGACCAACUGGCCGUUUCUCUAAUGGCUUCAACAUUCCUGACUUUAUCAGUCAGCAACUUGGUGCUGAAUCUACAGUACCAUACUUGAGCCCAGAAUUAACGGGGGAGAAUCUCUUAGUUGGUGCUAAUUUUGCUUCUGCUGGAGUUGGAAUCCUUAAUGAUACGGGUGACCAAUUUAUGAACAUAAUUAAAAUGCAUAGACAACUAGAGUAUUUUAAAGAGUACCAACGACGAGUAGCUUCUCUGAUUGGAGCUUCGAGGACUAAAAGACUGGUGAAUCAAGCACUCUUCCUCAUAACAGUAGGUGGCAAUGAUUUUGUAAACAACUACUACCUUGUGGUUAAUUCUACAAGGUCUCGUCAACAUCCACUUCCAGAGUAUGUCACGUUUCUCAUCUCUCGCUACCGAAGGCACUUGCAGAGGCUAUAUAAUCUUGGAGCUAGGCGAGUUAUUGUAACUGGGACAGGACCACUGGGUUGUGCUCCUGCCGAAUUGGCUGUGCGUGGCAAAAAUGGACAAUGUUCUCUUGAGCUACAACAUGCUGCAGCAUUGUACAACCCUCAAUUAGAACAAAUGGUACUUCAACUCAAUAGCAAAAUUGGAAGUGACAUUUUCAUUGCUGCAAAUACAGCACAGAUGCACAAUGACUUCGUUAGGAAUCCCACAGCUUACGGAUUUACUACCUCAAAAGUAGCUUGUUGUGGACAAGGGCCCUACAAUGGUUUGGGGCUAUGCACUCCAUUCUCCAACUUGUGCCCAAACCGAAAUUCGCAUGCAUUUUGGGAUCCAUUCCAUCCAUCUGAAAAGGCUAAUAGACUUGUUGUGGAGCAAAUUAUGACAGGUUCUACAAGGUACAUGAAGCCAAUGAACCUCAGCACCAUUCUGGCUUUGAAUACUUGAGCACAUAAUAGAUUAAAGAACCUUAUAUACAGCCUAAUUACUAACUUGAUCUUCAAGUGCAUGACAACUUUUACUGUAAUUGGGGUUUGUUGU